UCACAGGCAUGGUUCGCUUCGAAGUCGAGUUGGUCGUAGGCACCUUGGCAUAUCUGAAGUUCUCGGCGACUCCUGUCAGUGGCAACAUACCGUGCGCUUGGGUCAAAUGGGUCGGAGGACGGUGUGAUGAAUACAAGCGUCUCAAGAGUCAAGAUCGUUUGCUUAGCUGCAGCUACAUGUGUACUCUAAAGAAAUCCACUUCAUGCUACAACUAUGAGAAGAACGGAUCACCUUGUUUGGUAUUCGGCGUCCAUGCUACGAACGGCGGAUGCGUCAAGGGAGAGUGCAUUCCAAUACUAGACGCAAUACAACACUUCAAGAAAAACAGUAGCGGACCGCCCAAAAGAACUCUAGACUGCGAGCAUGGCCAUGACUAUUUAUAUGACGAAUAUGGACCUUUCGCCUGCAAAUAUUACUGCAAGAACGAUGGGAGGCAUGCCAACCGCCCCGACGGCACACUGUGCCAGAGGCCAAACACUGCCAAGCAGGGCGUAUGCGACAGCUACGGCUACUGUGUACGGAAGAGAUAGUCAACUAUGGGUGACGGCUCAGAAUGUCACAGCCCUAGUGUAAUGCCCGUGAGGCAACACAUGCACUAUGCCAGUAAAUAAAG